AUCACCCGGCGCCGGGCCCUCCCUCUGCCCCCCCUUUCUCCUCCCUCCUUCCUUCCCUCCCUUCCUCCCUCUCUCCCUCCCUCCCAGCUCCUGCACCAGGAAACGGCCCGGAUCCCGGCAGCGGCCUGACCCAGCUCCACGCUGGCCGGGAGGAUGAAAGGCCCCAGCUGGGGGCUCCUUGCCACCAGUGCUGUGUCUUAAGAGCUGCCAUCCCGGCUGGCUGCCCGGAUGGCGACCCCAGCCUCGGCCCCAGACACACGGGCUCUGGUGGCAGACUUUGUAGGUUAUAAGCUGAGGCAGAAGGGUUAUGUCUGUGGAGCUGGCCCCGGGGAGGGCCCAGCAGCUGACCCGCUGCACCAAGCCAUGCGGGCAGCUGGAGAUGAGUUCGAGACCCGCUUCCGGCGCACCUUCUCUGAUCUGGCGGCUCAGCUGCAUGUGACCCCAGGCUCAGCACAGCAACGCUUCACCCAGGUCUCCGAUGAACUUUUCCAAGGGGGCCCCAACUGGGGCCGCCUUGUAGCCUUCUUUGUCUUUGGGGCUGCACUGUGUGCUGAGAGUGUCAACAAGGAGAUGGAACCACUGGUGGGACAAGUGCAGGAGUGGAUGGUGGCCUACCUGGAGACGCGGCUGGCUGACUGGAUCCACAGCAGUGGGGGCUGGGCGGAGUUCACAGCUCUAUACGGGGACGGGGCCCUGGAGGAGGCGCGGCGUCUGCGGGAGGGGAACUGGGCAUCAGUGAGGACAGUGCUGACGGGGGCCGUGGCACUGGGGGCCCUGGUAACUGUAGGGGCCUUUUUUGCUAGCAAGUGAAAGUCCAGGGCCAGGUGGGGCUAGGUGUGGCUGGGGGCCAGGAGAGCAGGAACAGAACAGAGAAAUGCCCUUGGAAGAAAUGGAGUUGGUGGAUGGGUGGGCAUGGAACAGGAUGGACAGGGGAAGGGUAGUGUGUGAGGCAGCUGAGUAGGCCAGGUAGGCGAUUGGAAGAGUGAGCAGGACACAUAGGUGAGGGAAAUGUUUUGGCAAGUUUAGGGACGCAGGAGAUGGAAUCGAUCCAGGGCUGGGGUAUGUGGGAGGGAUCACACCUAUAGGUGUGGGCACAUGAAAUGACCUGGAACUUGGUUCGCUGCCCUGAGGAAGGUGGACUUGCAUAAGCAGUUGUAUUCCAUUAGAUGAGUGGGAUUUGGGGAACGCAGAAGGCACAUCCUUUUGGAAUGGAAGCUUGGGGGUUCUCAGGUGAUAGGGAGAGGUGGCUGUAACAGUGGGCUGCUUGGACACACGUGUGCAUGUGCACGCAUGCUGGUGUGCAUGCUGGGCUGCCUGGCAAAUCUGGUGGUGGUGGGAUUCCUCAAGGAGAAAACAUUCCCUCUUGCAAUGGCAAGAACUAGGGGCAGUUCUCUGUCCCUCCUCCCAACCCCUCCUUUCCCCUGCCCUUGUCCUGAUGCCUCAAGGCUUAGAGAGAAACAUUGUAUCCAGACCGAGGGCUCUGCUGCUUCUCUCCAGAAAGUAAUUGGCAAGGCUUUGAAGAGAAGAGCAGUUCUGCAGCUGGCCUUGUUCCUUCAUCAUCCCCCUUCCUUGUGCAUCAUGCACUUGCUGCUGCCUCCCGGGCUCUGAUAGAAGGGCAGGGCUGUUGAGCCUGGAUGGGUGGAGGCUUAGGGAGCUGGACCUGCCUGCCACCCUCCUCUCCCACUCAGGCACAAUGGUGCCUAAAGUGUUUCCAAUCUCUGGGACCUCUGUACCCAAACUGAAACUCUAAAUUGGGGCCCUAACUAAUUUUCCUUUCGAGGUUGUGGACAUAAGUGCUGAUCUUGAGUACAGUCUGGGUCCCACACUGUGUCUCAGUGAGACUGUUGAUGCCUUGAGAGGACCAUUUCAGCCCUGAAUCCCAUGGGUGUGAGGGUGAUGGGCACUCCAGGACUGGCCUAUGCUGUGUUGUGGGCUUUGGUUCGGCUUUAUCAGGGGCCAGGCAUAUGGGUUCUAGAGUACCUACCAUGACCUAGAAGCAUUUAUGAUUUGAAGCCACACUGUUUGCAUGGGUGUUACUUGUCUGUACCUCAGAGUCUGAGGAUGUUAACUUUGGAACUCGCAGUCCUCUAGAACAGCUUCAGAUUAUGGCUUUUUCUUUUGAGGAAGAAAUUAUUCUCUCCAGUUGCAUGCCCUGAGCCAGACCUCACUGCUGCACUUUCCAAGGUGCUAAGAUUGCUGCUCUCCAAUGCUAACUUUCUGACACAGUGCUCUAGAAUCCUGCCUGUGGUCCUGAGCACUGAUCAGCUUAGCUAGACCAUGGUUGACUCUUCUUGGAGAUUUUCACUUGGUCCUAGAAUGUGGCAACGUAGUUGUGCUCGCUAGAAUGUGGGACCAAAUUGGCCUCAGGUGUUUAGUCCAGACUUCUGCUUUUGAGAGAGGGCUGCACUUUUUAAUGGUAUUUCUAGGGGAGGUGGUAGGCUGCAUGUGCCACUUGGUCUUGUGAGUAUGCUGACACCAGAAACUCAGAGCCAGCUUGUGGCAAGCAGUUGGGGUGGGGGGUCUCUGACUUGCUCAGGACAAACUAGGCCAGUGGUUUUCAAACUGCUUGGCAGAGCCCUGAAGUUUCCUAGGGGUUGCCUCAGGAGUCCUUGGGGAGAUGAAGGGGGUGGGGAGUUGAGCAGGCUGGGCAAUUUGCCCUCAAACUGAACAGCUAGCUCCCCUUGUAGCUGUCUUACAUAUCGGGGUUCAGGGUAAGAUUUUAUUUGCAUUAGGGGUUUGCUGCUGAAAAAAUGUUGGAAAACCACUGACUAGACCAUCGGCUCCAAAUUGGAACCUGUGCUUCCUUCCCCAGGUUUGGAGCACACUCUUCACCCUACCCUCUACCACAGGACGCAUAUCCCUGUUAGCAUUCCCCGGGACCUUUAGCCAAGAGGGGCUGCAGGGACCAUGGCCAGGUUACCGAAAUGCCCUGCUCUGAAGUCUUGACACCUGGGUGGAAAGAGAGGCUGUUUUCUGAAAGGGUAAAGGGCAUGGUCUGGAUUCCCAGAAACAGAGCUUAGAUGGGACCACAGUGGGCAAUUUUGACCUGUCCUGCCCUUCUUAGCUUGAAGGGAAACCCCAGAGACUCUUCUGUCAGGGAAAACUAGGGACUCUCUUCUAGAGCCAUAUAGUUCCUUGGGAUUAGCUCUUGGCCAAGAAGGCUGAGUAUGGCUCCCAAUUUUUAAAUCCAUUUCGUUUUUUAAAAAACAAGGGAAAUAAAUGUAAUUGCCAUUUUUCAAAGAUUAAGUAGGAGGAGAGGGGUUUCUUGCUCUCCAGAGCCCAAAGGGACAAAUAGAGACUUUGCUUAGGCCAAGGAAGGAGCGGAAGUAGGGCAACUCGGUCCUGCGAUUAUUAAUCCCACUCCCCACUUAUUCUAGGGCACACAUACACUAUUUUACUUUUUUAAAAUCAUAAAACGGCAGAACAGAUUUGGUUAGUUUAGAAGAAAAGAAAGCUCUAUAAAUAUAAAUCUAUAUUCCUGUAUUUUUAUUUAAUAAUUUAUAAAUACCAAGUUCAUUUGACUUUUAUUUUUGUGUAAUAUGUAAUGGUCGUAUUAAAAAAAUAAAUAAAGCCCAGAAGUUUAAUGAGAAGG